AUGACCGAGAUCUCCAAGUUCCGCACCCUCUCGCUAACCAGCCAUAGCAAUGUUUUCGUCAUCACCAUGCAGAAGGCGCCUGAAAACCGGUUAAACUCAUGGUAUUGUCAGGAAAUCAUCCGGGCCUUCCACGCGGUGCAUCGCAUUCUUGGUCCUGAUUCUGAAGGGGCGGUGGAAGUGAUGCUAAGUUCUGGUGCACUGUACUUGAACUGGACAAAGGAGCUACGAAUCCUUUUGCCAACACAGAUGGAUUCUACCCGGUAUUUUGGCCCGCUUGCAACGAUUCAUUCACCCUAA